AUGGCCAACGCCAGCACCCCGAGAGAAACAUUACUGACAUUAAGCGUAUUGGAGGAAGUGAUAGAACUGCUCCAGGGAAAUGGAGGAGAAUUAGAACUCGGGGGUCUAGUACGGCAACUCAGUUCACACAACCGUCGUUUGGUGUCAGAUUUAGGAGCGCUGGAUUUCGUGAAACGAUUUCCGCAGCUUUUUAGUCAGGCUAAGACAGGGAAGUCCAAAUCGAAAGUGAUGGUUAAGUUAGAUAUCCCGCUAGAGUUUUGUACUCAAGCUGGAGAGAAGGGCGGAUGUGUUGCAAAAGGAUGUAGUGAUCUUCAUUUAUGUCCUUUCUUUAUCAAGGGAACCUGCAAAUUCGGAUUUAAGUGCAAAAGAUCUCACAAUUAUGGUGACGAACAUACGGUUGGUGUUCUAAAUCACUUCCGCCUCGGUUUCUUAACAGAGCAAGCUUCAUUUUCCCUUUUACAAAAGAUUUUCAAAAUGAUCGUUGAUGAAAGUGAGCUACAACGAACUGCUGCCAAACGAUCUGUUCCAGACAUAUGCAAAUUCUAUAACAAAGCGAUCUGCAAGAAAGCGGACAAUUGUCCUUGCUUGCACGUGUGUGAACAUUUCAUUGAUGGAGAUUGUAAGUUUGGGGAAGGCUGUAAAAGGGAGCAUGAUUUCUCUGACCCUCACAACCGAAAAGUGCUUGAAGAAUAUGACUUGAAUGGAAUCAGUGAGCUGAAAGUGCUUCAGCGCUUGAAAGGCAGGGAAAGAAAGCGUGCUGUCAGUGAAAGCUCUGAUGUUGAAAAGCCUGAUAAAGUAUUUCCCAGAGCAGUAACUCCUGUUGUCCCGGUUCCUACUUCCAAAGCAAAGGAUGAAAAGGAAAAGGACACUGAAAUUUGUGGAUUUAAUCUGCGCGGUAAGUGUAACUAUGGCAACAACUGCAUCCAUCAACACACAGAGCUACCUUAUUUGUGGGAAUUUUCUGUACAUGGCGAAAAGUGGGAAAGCUUUUCAAGUGAUCUAAAUACAAUGUUAGAGCAAACCUACUGUGAUGUUAAAAAAGGCAGCUGUACAGUAAUGAUCAGAGGAAUUCUUCAUCGAGUAAAGUUUGAUGGUAUGACUGCUGAACCAGUUUUACCAGGUGAUGGUAAGUAUCUCCUAUCUGAUAGUUACAAACAAUAUUAUGUUUGACAGCUGAGGGAAACUGCCAUAUAUGGGCUAUACAGGCUUGUGCAGCUGCUGCACGUGGGGUAUAGCUUUCUUAAAGUUGUUUAAGGCUGGGGUAUGGCAAGACUAUCAUUAACAGGCAGGGAUCGGGAUUUCCCCAGGCUACCAUUAACAUGGCCCCUGGCUAUCAAAAGGAAUCCCUAGCUGACUGAUUCCCUUUGUAUUUACCCAGCAACUUGAAAUCUUGGUAACAUCCCUUAUAUAGCAUAUAGAAAUUAGAGAGUUUGGGGUAUCAAUAUUCUGGAAAACUGAUGAUAAAAAUAGUCUAGACAAAGGAAACUAUGAAUUGGUACUAAAAAUUAAAUUGGCAAAUUUAAAUUUACCUGCAACUCAGUAAGCUUUGUUUUUACUGAACUGGGCUGGUGUCCUCAGUAGUGUCUGGAAGAUAGUGACUUGUGGAAGUUUGGUCUAGUAUAGGGUUUCAAAAUCAGCUAAACUGUUCCUAAAGUACCCCAGCCGGGGUUUGAAACACGUACAUAGUGUGUUAUAAAGACAAAAUCUGACGUACAAAGUGGGCUCUAGAGUUUACAUACACUGAGAAAUAAGGAAGAGAGAUUUUUUAAAGUACAGUAUUAAACUAGUAUAAGUAGUAGCAGUAGUAGUUACUAGCAGCAGCAGCACAUAAAAGAAGUUGUAGUAAUAUUAGUAACAAGGUAGUGAAAAAAUAUGUUUAGCCACUGCAACUUAAAAGUGAAUGCUAAGAAGAGCUCUGAGGGAACAGAGUGUCGCCCUAUGUAGGGGAAUCCAAGACAGUCUUGGGUUCAAGAUUCCACAGAGUGGAUUCUGGAUUCCAGGUACUGGAUUCCAGUCUUUGUCAGUAGAACUUGGAUUCUAGGUUCCAAUCAUUAGUGGGAUUCUGGAUUCCUUGGGCUGUAUUCCGCAUUCCAACACCAGGGAUUCUGGAUUCCAUGGGCAAAAUUUUCCCAGAUUCUGGGUUCCCUCACAUGGGGUGAAGAGGGAUUUACAGAACAAGAAAUAGUGAAGAUGUAUUAUUCCUUGCUCUUGUCAGCUGUGAAUUACAAGUCUCCCAAGAUUCGACGACUGUCUACUGUAUCAUCUGUGGUUGCCGCAGCAGGCCACGUGUACAGUACUAGGUGGCAUUGGUACUGGCAGGAUGAAAAUAACAAGUGGCAGUCAUACGACACUCCAACUGAUGGACACGAAGUUAACACCACUAGCAGCCAAUGUCUUGAGAGGGAAUACACAGCAGGUAAGAAAUUCCCCUCUCCUGUAAUUUUCUUAUUAAAAUCAGUUCGUUAUGUCUCAUAUAGAUUUCAAACCUUUUGUCCUACUUGGGGAUAAUUUUAGCAGGCCAUGCCACAGAUAACGGAUGAAUGUUUGAUUUCAGAUCACACUCAAACACAUCCACAGCUGAGGUACAAUAAAAAAUGUAUACCUUACUAACGCUAGUUUUCUUGUGGAAGUUCCACAAAAAAAUCAACAGUCCUUUCUGAAACAAAGUUUGCCUAACCCCAAUGAAAAAACUCCUGUAUUUGUCCCUGCAUCUCUAAUUGGCAACAAAAAACAGUUUAUUUAUUUCUUCCUUUUACAAUCUUUAAUGUAUGUUUUUCCUUAAGAAAAGGAAGGUCAAGAGAACAAUUUUUUGGAAAUUUAUUUCACCUUUUCUUCUUCGUAGAUAAGGAUUGUCAUUCCUUUAGUGCCUCUCAUCACCAUUACACUCUGUACUUCAAGGGAUGGUACCAACAAAAUGAUGUUCAUAAAACCAAAAGGCCUGUUAGAAGGAGGCCUGCUGAGUUUGUGACCAAACAGAAUAUGAAAGAUAUUGCUCAGAGGUACUGUAUACUAAAGCUGAAAAACUAGGACUGUUUAUUGAUACCAUACUGUUUUAAGCUUUUGCCCCUGUAAGGUAAUCAGGCCCGGGGGGGGGGGCGGGAUCAGGCCUAGCCGUUCGGGUAGUGGAGUAUGGCGCGAAGUAAGAGAGUGGGGAAGAAUAGGGAAGCUCUUUUUUUCUACUCACAUCUCGUUGCGCUUUCCUCACGAUCUGGACACCUGGAACAGGCUAACAAAGGCUUGUAAAUUUUCACUCCUUUGCGGAGCUAUAUCUUUCCACACUUAAGCAAUCUGGGAUCUCCUUGGGAAUCUAUUCGGUUGUUCUCUGUGUUCUUCCGACCGGUCGCACGCGGUGCAUUUUCCUCUGAAACGAAGCUAGUGUUGGUCCAGUUGGCGCUCUUUGCUGGCACUCUUACUUCAUCUCGAAUUCAUUUUUUUUUCAAAAGCGAUAUCACAAGCCCACGCUGACAUCCGUGAUGUGAACUUGACGUGCUGAAAUUUCAAUGACAAGUUAAUUCUUGGAGGGCGGAUCGGCGGCAUCAAAGGCGUCUCCAGGCUCCGCCACCCUUUCCCCUCCCCAGAUUACCUCCUAGCUCGCUUCGAUCGCCGAUUUAUUUUUUUUUCCUUAUUCCUUUCAUGCGGAGCCUGGUCCCAGGCCAACGCUUAAGACUUAUCACCCUCAAACUUGACGAGUUCACUAAUUUUAAGACGUUCUUUCUAGUGUUGUCGGGGGAUUCUCCCUAACUUGUCCAGCACUCAGAUUUGUUCAUGCUUGUUCCCGGGACAGACAGCCACGCGAAUGACUUCGCAAACGCUAAAAGCCAUGCAAGGGAGAAACGUCUGCUUGCAGGGUACGGUCGUAACCUUGCUACGAUCACUACCACUGCGUCGCAAUCGCUAUAGCCUCGCUGCGAUCCCAAUCACCGCGUCGCUAUGGCUAGCAUUAAGGGAAAUGUAAUUAAGCAAAAGAGUAGAACGACAUUGUUUUCACACUUUAACAGUUGCUUAACUUUAGUACUCCCCUGGUCAUUUAUUUAAUCAGACGUAGAGCAACUGCCUUGGCCAGUCCAAAAUCAAGUUCAGCGCCAUCAGAACUUGAUGGUUUACCAUCUCACUGGCGUCCGCUCUCUGAUGGUGAAGACUUUUCAUGUGUAAAACUGGAAACUAUAUCUGAUGAAUACAAGAGGACAGAAAAGAAAUUUCAGGAUACCAUGGAAGGGCAUCACAUGAUUUUCAAGAUAGAGCGAGUGCAGAACCCAGAAGUAUGGACACGAUACACCCAGUAUGUGGUUUUAAUGUCAUUCCUUCCACUGAAAAAUCUGUUCAUCCUUUUCCGCAAUAGAGAAGAAUAGUGAUGACGUCACGAAAACUAAAUUUGUGAAAUUAUCAGAUUGGUUGGCAUAUCCAGACAGAUGAAAAAUGUGGCCCUUGCUAAAAAUCAGCCUGUUGAAGGAGAUAUAAGCAACUUUAUCCUCUUAUGACUUCAUAUAAUUCUUCUUAAAUAGACCUGGAUUGUUAACGUUGCGAUCCAAGCCAAUACAACGAAAAAAGCUAUGGUUUCUGUAAAUUCUUCAAAUUGCCAACUCUGCAUCUUUGGCUUAAAUUCCCCGAAACAAGCAGGUUAUCAUUAACAGUUUUCCUUUAUGUUUUCCCAAAGACUUUGACGGUUAUUUCCUCCUGCGCAUGUCAGGAAUUCCUUGAAUGGUAACUUUCUCAUAUUACGACAAGCUCGUCAACCUAUUUGAGGUCGUCGUCAGAGAGAAUGGGUGUGGUAUUGCGACAAAAUUAUUUACGCAUUCUCCUCAAAUGGGAUAACGUAAGAGAACAAAACAUUCCAUUCCACAUCCCUCCCCUCUCCCCUCCAUUCACAUUUGGGGUGUUCGUUGUUUUCUACCCGUCGCCCGAACAGUGGAACAACAUUGCAUGGAACUGGUAAGGGGAAAUGAAAGUCAGCGUCAAUUAAUUUGGUCGCCGUGCCGAUUGUAAACGGCUCCAGCAAAGUAAAAUUUCGUAGGGUUUUAGUGACCCUCAUCUGAUAUGGCAUGAAUUUUGCGUCAUUUCAAGCUCUGCAGGUGUAAAACACGAGUAACUAACCAUCUGAUAUCUACAACGGGGAGAAAACAGUAUCUUUUAACAGUAUCUGAACAACACUGGAAAGUCAGUGUCAAUUAAUUUGGUCCCCGUUUGUAGCUCAGAUAGUGACCCUACUGGGUUGGGAGAAAAUGCCGGAUCUGAAACCUUAAUUGCGUUUUGUGCUAAUUAAAAGUUGCCUAGUCCCUGCAUGGCGCCUUCCCAGGCCUUCUUGGUCAAUGCAUUUCCGUGACGUAUCCGAAACGAAAGGCUGGAAAACUCAAAAACUCGCAGUAAUGAGGCUUGGGGACUAGGCAAAGUUAAAAGUAAGACAUAACCCUUGUUUUCCUUUUUAGGGAAAAAGGUCGCAUGGCCAAAAAGGCUGGCAAAGAACCUGAAGAAAGGCAGCUGUUCCACGGAACGAAAUCCGACACCGUCGACGCCAUCUGCCAGCAGGGUUUUGACUGGCGAAUGUGUGGCAAGCACGGCACAAAGUAUGGAAAGGGAAGUUAUUUCGCUUGCAAGGCCAACUAUUCCCAUUGCUACACUUCUAGUCAGGUUACAUCUAGGAGUUACAAACAAAUGUUCUUAGCUAGAGUAUUGGUAGGUUCUUACACCAAAGGUGAUAGCGCACUGACUCGUCCACCAGCCAAAGACCCUUCUACUCCUCUCGUUUUGUUUGACUCCUGCUGUGAUAACAAAACCAAUCCCUCCUUGUUUGUUGUUUUUGAAAAUGGCCAGUCGUACCCAGAGUUUUUAAUCACUUAUAUGUAAGUUGCCACUGAUAUUUAGAAAUCCCCUGGCAACACCCCCCUCCCCCCCGCCUAGACCGAUUCUUUGUUAAUAUUUCAGCUGCAAUAUCUUGACAUUUUUGCAUUCUCCUGGGAUAUCUUUUAUGAAAAGCGACUGUGAAAUCAACUUGAGAGCCUGCUCGUCGGCUAUGACUUUAAAGUAGCGUUGUACCGUAUAUAACACUUAUACGGAUACUGGGUCCCAAUAAGUUUUUCGGGAUGCGGGAUUUUAAAGCAAAACCGGGGCGAGAUUCGGGAUUGAAAGUAUUCACGGGAGGUUGGAUACCACAAAUAAUAAAAAAGAACCGUUAACUCUAACUCUCCGGGGCUCGCACCAUCUCCCAUUUCCCUUGGAUUUCACCCCACGUUUCAGUCAUUUAUACUCGGUCAACUAGUACUCCUCGCCAACUCGAACUAAAUUUCCUUUGCCUUGAUCAAAAUUUCACUGAAAUUUGCCCCGAUAACUCGAAUUCUGGUUCUUGUAACUCCACUCGGAUGCCAUUUCAUUAGCUCUUCUUGUUGUAUAAUCAGUAAAACCACUAAUACCAACACUAUAACAAUUUGAUUUUGAUUGGUGCAACGAACAGAUCACGUUUUAUCACAAAAAGCAUAAUGACGUCACCGGUUGUGAUCAAAUAAGUUAAAAUUUGCAAUGUACUAUACACUGAAGUGCUGAAAUAUCAGUGACUAUUUAUUUGGCGGUUGUCGAUCAAGGUUGAUUAUAAGUUUUGCGGAGAGAACUGUAAAAAUUGGCAUUUUUUAUUUGCUUAUAGGAAUAGGAGAAAUUUUAUAUAAUAGAUACAAAGAACAGCGCGCAUGUUUUAUAGGAAUAGGAGAAAUUUUAUAUAAUAGAUACAAAGAACAGCGCGCAUGUUUUCAAUUUUUUCCUUAUAAUUGUAGAGUUUCAGGACCCUUUUGGGGAUUAAAAAGUUUAACAGUGUUAUAAAAAAGACAAGGUUUUAAAAGAGGUUGAAAACCUCUCUAAAUAAUUUAUUUCUGUUAUUUUUAACAAUGUAUUUAAUUUUUCACUCAUCUGUUAUUUACGAAAAUAACUGGGCGUAACUGAUUUUUAAGUAGGAUAGAAUGACUCAUCUCAUUAGAACAUUGAUGAGGCAGUGCGGGUACAUUCCAAUGAUCGGAUUCCAGAAUCAUAACAAUAUAAUAAGCAGAACGUUUUGCAAAUCUCUUCGAUCGCAAAUUUGUGGGCCAUUGGAGUGAUACAUCCAUCAUAAUUUUUAAUUUCCACCAGAUUUCUGGAUUUUACCAUGCAAUGAAUGCGAAAACAAGUGAUUUUAGAGUUAAAGCCAUUUAAUCUGGGUGUAUGUAAAACACGGAACCUACCCGGAACCUACCGGAACCUGCCG